UAGAGUGUAUAUGGAGUACUAUCAGUCUGAAUCCGAAUUAGGGUUGACGAUGGUUCAGGCCCCAUAAACCGAAGCUUAGUGCCUUACCGCCAAGACUAGCCAUGAUCUCAUGUCAUUAGAAACUCUCUCUGUUCUCCGCAAUUUCCAUCUCCAACAAAAACAACCACUUGGAUCUAGCUCGCGGGGUACCCAAAAAUGACUUCGAAACUCGCCCAAAAUUUGAAGCAGCCGGCUUUGGACUUCCUGUCCUAUGUCAAUGCUUCUCCCACCCCCUUCCACGCUGUCCAAUCGGCAAAGGAACUUUUGUCCAAGGCCGGCUUCCAGGAAAUCAAGGAAAAAGACUCUUGGUCUUCCACUUGCCGUCCCGGUGGAAAGUAUUACUUGACCCGUAAUAGCUCAACCAUUGUGGCUUUCGCCAUCGGCAAGAAAUGGAAGCCUGGAAACCCGAUCUCCAUGAUCGGUGCCCACACGGACUCUCCCGUAUUGAGGAUUAAGCCUGUCAGCAACAAGCGCGGCGAAGGCUUCGUCCAAGUUGGCGUAGAGACCUAUGGAGGCGGCAUUUGGCACACCUGGUUCGACCGUGACCUGGGUGUCGCAGGCCGGGCUAUGGUGCGGACCGGUGACGGCUCCAUUGUGCAGAAGUUGGUCAAGAUCGACCGGCCCAUUCUCCGGAUCCCGACCUUGGCUAUCCACCUUGAUCGUCAGGAGACAUUUGCUUUCAACAAGGAAACCCAAUUGUUCCCUAUCGCAGGCCUUGUCGCUGCAGAGCUCAACCGCACUGGCGAUUCUACUGCCACCGGUGAAAAGGCCGCGGCAAACGACGAAACGGAGAAAGGAGACUUCGCUCCACUAAAAUCGGUGACCGAGCGUCAUCACCCCUACCUGGUGGAACUUAUUGCUGCCGAAGCAGGAGUUAAGCCGGCCGACAUCUUGGACUUUGAGAUGAUCUUAUUCGACACGCAAAAGUCUUGCCUUGGUGGCUUGUUAGAGGAAUUCAUUUUCUCGCCCAGGCUGGAUAACCUGAACAGCUCCUUCUGUGCCACUGUUGGACUUAUCGACUCCGUUGCCGAUGCGUCGGCGCUGGACGAUGAACCAUCCAUUCGUCUCAUUGCGUUAUUCGAUCACGAAGAGAUCGGCAGCCGUACCGCGCAGGGAGCGGAUUCAAAUGUGCUUCCUGCAAUUAUCCGUCGCCUGUCUGUUCUGCCUUCUUCGACAUCUGGCAACGAAGACUUGGCUACUGCCUAUGAGGAGACUUUGUCGACUUCAUUCCUCCUCUCUGCGGACAUGGCUCAUGCUAUCCACCCUAACUACUCUGCCAAGUACGAGAAUGACCACCGACCGGAAAUUAACAAGGGUCCUGUGAUCAAGAUCAACGCCAAUGCUCGCUACGCGACGAACUCCCCCGGCAUUGUCCUUCUUCAGGAGGUUGCACGCAAGGCAGCAGAAGACGGUGGAGAAGGUGUUCCCCUCCAGCUCUUCGUCGUUCGCAACGACUCCAGCUGCGGAAGCACGAUUGGUCCCAUGUUGUCCGCUGCGCUUGGUGCCCGCACGCUGGACUUGGGUAACCCACAGCUAAGCAUGCACAGUAUCCGGGAGACUGGCGGUACAUAUGAUGUUGGACAUUCUAUUCGGUUGUUCACUAGCUUCUUCAAGCAUUACUCCAACACGUCCAAGACCAUCUUUGUUGACUGAAGAGUUGGUUACUUGUGUAGAUAGGUAUCUAUAGAAAAUUCAUUGUCUAUAGAGCUCAGAAUAACUCUGUUGAGGUCCGACCAUCA